AAGCCAAUAGGUGCCUCUAAAAAUAGAGCAUCCGCAAGGGAAAGAAGUUGAGCCAAUAGGUGCCUCUAAAAAUAGAUCUAAAAAUAGCAUCCGCAAGGGAAAGAAGUUGUUGAGUAUACCCCUUCGCGGUUCUCUUGCUAUCUGAAUUUUUGGGAAGUCACAAUUUAUCGAUCCCUAAGAUCCAAAACCCUAAUCUAAUUUUAAAGGAUGAGGCUUUCUUCUGUUAUCGCCGAUCGCCGCGUUGCCUUGGCUUGUCUCUCCUUUUCCCUUUGUAUUCCCCCUUGUUGCCCUAGAAAUAGUACUUUCCUUGUGAAAUUAGGUAUUCGUUGAAGGAAAGGAAGAAUUCGUUUAUAGAAACAAACCCUAACCCCUUCCCGGUUCUCUUACCAGAAGUAUCGGUUCUCUUGCUAUCUGAAUUUUUGUGAAGUCACAAUUUAUCGAUCCCAAGAUUCGGUUCUCUCUUUCCGGUUCGGUUCACUUGUGGUCGUGGUUGAAGAUGGUGAACAGAAGAAGGCAACAAUGGUCCAUAGGGCGAUCUUUUUACACAGAAUUGCAAAUUCCAUAUGAAGCAUCUGAUACGGUUUUGCUUGAGAGUAGAUCGACAUAACUAUAGAUACAACAGUGAUAUGGUGGAAGUCAAUCGCACUACCACAAUACGUGUGUACCCUAUGCCGUCGUGUGUCAUGGAAUCCGAUGACUUGUCGCGCAGAUUUUUCAAUUUCUUCGUGUUCCGCAUGGGAGUUACCGGUGAUGACCGGAUGUAUCACGAUGCUCUCUCUUUAUCGCGCGCCUUCCACCACCAUAGAAGUGAUAUUCCAGACAAUGCCACACCCGUAGUUAUUAUUAAAAUACUAAUCAACACAUCCUCUGAUGAGGAGGAUCCUAUGGUUGUUGACGGCGAGGGUGAGUCCGAUUUUGAUGAAAUUGAUCAUAAUGAUGAUUGGCCACUGGUUCGGAUUCUACAAGCGUCCAUGACUAGUACUCGGGGUUUGAAUGGAUCAAUGGCUCGGGCUAUACAGGAGUCCAUGGACGAGUACGUCGCGUUGAAGCUUGUACCCGCAAGUCAAUCAUCCAUCGACGCCUUGGGGAAGAUGACAUUUUAUCGCUCUUGCACCAUUUGUCUCGAGAAAUUCUGUGAUGAAGGAUCCAUCACUCGCAUGCCCUGCUCUCACGUCUAUCAUGGAGAUUGCAUUACUAGGUGGCUUAAGACCAACCACUCUUGUCCGCUUUGCCGUUUCAAGAUGCCAACCACUUGAUUCAGCUUAGGUUCUGUUUUCUAUUUUGUAUACUGUGAAGGUUUAUUCAAGAUUUUAUCUAGCCUCUGUUUUUGUUUCUGAUUUAGUGUACACAUUCAAUAUAGAAACCAUUCUUUGGUUGUGCUAAAACUUCAUCAUGAGCACUUGUAAAUAA